GACUGUAGGCGGAAACUACAUGGUGUAAACUUUGUACGCUGCUCGUAAAAAGGCUAGUUUUAGAGAUUUUAUUUAGCGGUUUACAAGCUGACUAAAAUCUGGCCUUAAAUAAACUCAAUUUCCCCAGGCGGAAGACACGGGUUUAGUCCGAGUCGUCAGUUGAGUUGCGUUAAUGUUUCUAUGUGUGGUAAGUUUAGGCAUAGGUGAAGCGAUCUGAUCUGGGAUCUGCUUUAAUUAAUCCAAAUCUGCUGCACACUGUUGUAGUGCUGGUAGCAGGUCAGGGAUGUUAGGUGGAAACGGGGCUGCCAGGGCCGCUGGACGCUUGACCACUCUACAGGUGAACAGCACAUCUGGGGCUUUAGGGGCAGUAAACUCUGCCAUAAACCUGCCCGACGGGGCCCGAUAUGAAGACAGGCCGUCCGAUCAUCAGGCUGUGCUGCUGAGCGCCUCUGACGGAGACUCGGACUCUGGGGAUGAGGAGGAGAGCUCAGUGGCGGACAGGAGAGGAGUGAAGAGGGAGAGGAGUGAGAUGGAGGUCGGGGGAUCGUCUGCUGGUGGAGAUCUGUCCGCUGGGUACGAAGGAGUGUCCGGCGGGGCGGCUGGAGCAAAACCAGGCAAGAAAACGCGAGGACGGGUGAAAAUUAAGAUGGAGUUUAUUGACAACAAGCUUAGGAGAUACACGACCUUCAGCAAGAGGAAGACUGGCAUCAUGAAGAAGGCAUAUGAACUGUCUACCUUAACGGGAACACAAGUUUUGCUUUUGGUUGCCAGCGAGACGGGCCACGUCUAUACGUUUGCCACACGGAAGCUUCAGCCCAUGAUUACCAGCGAGACGGGCAAGGCCCUCAUCCAGACCUGCCUAAACUCUCCUGAUUCGCCACCCCGCACUGACCCAUCAAUAGACCAGCGGAUGAGUGCCACAGGAUUUGAGGAGACAGACCUCACCUACCAAGUGUCUGAGACGGAUUGUCUCCCAGAACCAAAGGAAAUGAUGAAACCUACAUAUACUGCUGCCAGUUUACCUGGAGGCACCAGCAGCACAACAACACCGUCAUCGGCCUCUUCCUCUCCCUCCUCAUCCUCAGUUGCCAUGCAGACUCAGAGCAGUGCCACCUGCUGGCCUGUGACUGCAGGGAUGAAUGCUCAGAGCCUCUCCAGUGCAAACGGCACAGUGCUCAAAGCCACGGCCAGUUCUCCCGCUGGAGUCAUGCAGUUGCCUGGAUUCACGCUCAUGCCUGGCGCUUCGCUUCUGCCUGGCUCACACACUUUCCCCCUCAGUCAGCUGCAGACACACUCUCUGGCCAUACAGUGUCCACAGACGCAAAACACCUACACCAUGGCUAGCACCACUGCCGCCGUUGCAGUCUCCACACACACACAACCUGCCACACAGACCACACUCUUCCGCCUGCCGGCCGCUGUCUCUCUUACAGGUAGUGCAAUGCCUCAACAAUUACAAGCCUUCCAGGUUCAUCCCAGUCCUCAAAGUGGUGACAGCAGCCCAGAGAUCAGCCAGAACUCCACCACAUCCACUGCAAGUCACACCGCUACUAUAGUCACUUCCUCAGUGCCUUCUUCAGUGGCAGGUCACAUGAUGUACCCCGGAGCACAUGCAGCUGUCAUGUAUGCUGCAUCCACCCCUGGACUCACUGACGGGAGUCUAACUGUGCUGAAUAACUUCACACAUGCACCCACUACGAUGCAUGUGUCCCACACGUCGGGCCAAGACUCAGGUGCAGUUCCUCAGAUGUUUCUCACAGGACCUCCUGGAACUGUACAGAUCCCAGUUUCAGCUGUUCCACUACAUUCGAUGUUAAUAAACCAGCAACCCCCUGGUAGUAGUGGUGCCACCCUUACAGAGCUUCGGGUGGUUAAUUUGGACAAUCCAAAAGGAGACUGACCCAUAAACAUGCGGCCAGUGUGAGCACUUCCUCACACUGAUUUUCCAGGGAUCACCCAUGCCAUACAAUCAAACUGCCAUUAUAUUUAUUACUGCCUUCUCGCUGUGUUGUUUCAUAAACCCAUACCAUGCAUCAAUUAUGAGAGGUGUGAUGGGACAUGUGAGAGAUGAUUGUCUCCUUGUGGACUUGUUUUGGUGUGUAGUGUGAUAAUGGAUCAUAUUUUUGUAUGCGUAUAUAAACACACAAACGCGCUCAUCUAUACUUCAGGAUGAUCUAGAGAGGUCUGCACUAUUCCUUUUGCCCAAAGACUCGCAUAUUAAAGGGUGGACAGGGGUAUUUGAUUGUUCAAUUCAGUGAAAAUGAAUUUCUUCAAACCUGUUCACCAAACCUGUCAUUUUUUUUUUAUGACCUGUAUCUUCACUUCCACACAUUGUGGGAUUAUUUUUAAGAUCAGUGAAUCUUAAGAUGUUUUGAAGCUAGCUGGCCGUGACUCUCUUGAAUUUUUGUGGCAGUUAAGUGUAACUUUAAGGAAUAGUUUCCCAAAAAUUGAAAUUCUGUCAUCAUUUACUUGUCAUUUCAUUGACUUUUCAUAUGAAAACCAAAUGACUUUCUAUCUUUAGAACACAAAAGGAGAUGCUUGUAUAGCUCAUUUAUAUAAAAUGCAAAUGAAAUGGGGCUGGGGCUGUCUAACUCAAAAAUAGCAAAUAAGCACCAUGUCCUUUUGCACUACCAUCAAUACUCACUUGGGGCUACAGUUUGAAAACCGCUAUAGUCUGCAUUUCAUUUGAAUGUUAAAAAAGUUAUUUUGCCCUCAUUGUUUAUGAUAUUUGUUACGCAAUUAUUUUUUAGAAAAUACCUAAAUAUGAUCAGAUCAUUUACAUGUGCUGCUAUAAUUUAAUCAGAUUAGGUUUAGAAGGCUUCCAUAUUGUAAAACUAGAGAGAAACAAGACCACUUGUCAUUCCAUGUCUAUGCUGUGCCAAACUAUACUGUAUGUUCAUUGGGAGACUGAAUGUACUUUUUUCUGCUCAAAGGUGUCAGACAACACAUGCUUUAGCCACUUUCUCAACGCUGUAACAGAAAAACACUGACUUGCAUUUGCACUGCAUGACAAUGUACCUGAAGUUAAAAAACAACUGGUACUGCGCAAUCGGGUGAUUCUCACAAAACCUGUAAAAAAAAAUUCCUGCUCCUAUUUUACUCCAAAAUCAUAAGAAACGAAUAAGAAAUUAUCUUUUGUUUAUAGACAAAGAGGUAUAGUUUUACGGCCAUUAUGAUUUCUUUGCAUUUUAACUUUAUUUUCAUGACCGUUAUGCACACUUUACUCCCAAUUCUCUUUAUAAGAAUAUCUCAUCAUGAUUUUGUCAUUACCGCAUCGUGAAACAAUAUGGUACUUAUGAUAUUCUCAUUACCGCAAUGCAAAAAAGACAUGAUAUAAUUAUAACAUCAACACGAAAACGAUGGACAUUGAUAUUAUCCUUACCCUAAUGCAAAAAAAAUAUCAUUAUAAUUUAAUUUCUACAAUGCAAGAAAAGAUGGUAAUUAUGAUUUUCUCAUUUCUGCAAUGCAAAAAAGAUAGUAAUUAUGACAUUCUCAUUAACAGCAAUGCAAAAAAAAGUAAUUAUGAUAUACUCAUUACCGCAAUGUGAAAAAGAUGGUCAUUAUAAUAUUCUCAUUGCCGCAGUACAAAAAAGAGGUUCAUUAUAAUAUUCUCAUUACCGCAAUGCAGAAAAGAUGGUCAUUAUAAUAUUCUCAUUACCUUAGUGCAAAAAAAAGAUGGUCAUUAUAAUAUUCUCAUUACCGCAGUGCAAAAAAGAGGUUCAUUAUAAUAUUCUCAUUACCGCAAUGCAAAAAAGAGGUUCAUUAUAAUAUUCUCAUUACCGCAAUGCAAAAAAGAUGGCCAUUAUAAUUUUCUCAUUACCGCAAUGCAAAAAAGAUGGCCAUUAUAAUUUUCUCAGUACCGCAAUGCAGAAAAGAUGGUCAUUAUAAUAUUCUCAUUACCGCAAUGCAAAAAAGAGGUUCAUUAUAAUAUUCUCAUUACCGCAAUGCAAAAAAGAUGGCCAUUAUAAUUUUCUCAGUACCGCAAUGUGGAAAAGAUGGUAAUUCUAAUAUUCUCAUUACCACAACUUUAAAAAAAAAAGAUAUAUAAAUGAUUUACAUUAUUAAAAUAAUGUAAUAAUCUACUGGUAGUGUCGUCUUUUUUUUAAAUCAUUGUACAACGGGAUCUUUUUACUGUAAUACUAUAAAGAAAAUGAUGGGUUAAAGUAACGAGAAUCAGUUUUAAAAAUGAUCUAUGGUCCAAAAUGUUGACCAUUUGCUUUAUGCAAAAUAUAAUUCCUUAUUUGUUUCUUUUGAUUUGGGGUUAAAUAUGAGCAGGACAUUUUUUGACAGGUUUCGUGAGAAUCAUCCUGUCACUGGUCAGUAAAUGGAUGCUGAUUUUUAGGUUAGCUCUUAAGUCAAGCUGAUAUGUUCUGUGGUUCUUCAUGUCAUAUUUAGUUUACUGAAAUAUUAACAAAAAUGGUCUGUAUCUGGUACUGAAUGGAUUGAGAAUUGCAUGUCAUUUUUACUUCUUGUAUAACUCAAUGUUAAAAAAUAAAUAAAAAACAGUUAAUUUUUUUCUGUAAAUGCCAACAUGUUUAACGUACACCCACAUAUUUUUGUAACAGUUGGUUAGUCUUGUCAUUUUUAAAAUUUCUAUCAUCUUACCCUUAAUUAUGUAAACUAGUGUUUGAUUUUCAAAGACAUAUUUAAUUUGGAUUUCCCAAGAGACAUCCAGAGGGCUGUAUAUUUCACCAGUGUCUGCUUGUAUAUAUGUUGAUUUGAUUUUUCUUCACAGAUGUUUGUGCAGAGGUACAAACCAACAGAACUAUGAAGAAAACUCUUUGAGAUCUUUGCGUCCAUGGGUCUUUUCUUCCAUGGCAUAUACCACUUCAUUCACAUAGCAAGUUUUUGACAAAAUAGACAAUUAAGCCUUGUUUUUUCAUACUGUUAAAUGUAUUGAAAUGGACCACUGCGAUAGUGUGUCAAGAAUACUAUUUUUUUAUUAGUUUAUGGACCUGAAAAACAUAUUGUUGAUUUCAGUGGUUUGAGAAAAAAACAAAAAAAAAAAACAUAGUUGUGAUAUCAGAUUGUGUGGGAUUUAUGAAGCAGCCAGAACAAAAGGAUGUUAUUGUUUUAUUCAGUAUUAAUAAUGUUAAAUUCAGGGGAAGAAUUUUUUUUCUUCAUCUUUUUAUUAUGUUGUAUUUCACAAAACUGGUCAAGAACAUAUCUGGGUCAUAUUUCAACCGAAAUUUGAAAAAAAAAUAUUUAGCUUAAAGAAAAUUGAGUGCAUUUAAGGACCAUUAAGAUUUUGAAAUUGACACAUUUUUUGAUAAGCCAGGGUGCCAAAUUUCAUUACCGUACUGGGGGGGGGAACAAGGAUAUACUGUAUUGUUGAAAAUGUCAAGUAUGUAUGUGACCUGGUUUUGUGAGAUUCACCUUUUUAUGUCUAAGUUGAAAGUAUUUUUAAGAGCUGUAAUUGUGUAAACACUAGAAAGUGUUGAAUGUACCAUAUACAGCCCUUAUUGUUCAUAAUCUGAUUUUCUUUUACAAUUUGCAAGCAGCUUUUUGUGUAACCAUAGUUUUGAAUGAAAUGUUCACUUCAUUAUGUUAAUUAUAUGCUCUGGUGCCAUUUUACCAAGAAUUUAGUUUUUGUUUGUUUGCUUUUGUAUUUUAUGCUAGGUAAGCCUUGUUCAUUUGAUUAAAAUGUAGUUGACAUUACAAAAAUGAAAUGAAACUAUUUUUAUCCAAUAAUUCACACUUGUGAUAUAAGAAAUACUGUAUUUAAGUA